GUGAAAAAUGUGAUUUUCAAUGGACACAUCCUAAGAAUAGAAGGAUUAUAUCUGCCUUAAGACCGUGGUUGGAAGCAUCCUGAGAACAGUCUGACUCCAUGUGAUUUACGGGCCGUAAAGGGAGAGAUCAUUGGGACUCUAUUGAUAGCUUCGAUACCAUCUGUAGAUUGAUGUUCUCGAAUUAAGACAUUACGAAUUUCCCUUUCAGAUGCUACUGGGCAUGCACAAAUAUAUUUCGUACAAAUCAACAAAUAAGUUUCAUUUUUUUGGUCUCAAUCGAAACGCGGGCUGUAUUUUGAGUGCUGCCAACUCGCUACAACGAACAGCUGUUUGGCCAUUCCCAACAGGUUGGCAGUCUGGGCGCCAUCUGUUGGCAACAAGACUGAUAAGGCAGCGUGAACGUCGCCGCUAAAAUUGUGAUCGAUCGGGAGAUCAAGAUCAACCAGUUCACAAAAAUCCAAAUAUGCUGCCCACCAAAACGGACUCCCGUCGACGUCUCAACGUUGGGGGCUCCGCCUCACCGUCUGGCGACUACAUCAAGGUGAUCGAUGGACAGACCGAAACGGAUGGAUUUGUGAACGAGCAGUGGAUGGAACCGGAGUUGAUUGAGCCGACGCCAUGGAAAACGAUACUCAUCAUCCUCAUCCUGUUCAUAGGCGGCACAAUAUGUAUUUGCUUUGCCACCAAUCUAUGGAUGGCGGAUAUCAAUCGAGAGCGUAGUGACCGUGUAUGGGCUUUGUCCAUUAUUGGAGCACUGACCAUUAUACCCGGCGGCUACUAUAUGUACGUGCUCUACUGCAUUCUGCUGCAUCGUCGUGGCUUCACCAUGGACGAUAUUCGUCGACUGGGAUAAGGGAUCACAUAUUUGUGUUUGUUUUUUGUCGUACGUUUUGUCAAAUACAGUUUUAUUGCAUUUACUUUACACUACAA